CUUCUCUUGCUGCUGCUGCUGCUGCUGCUGUUCUGGCCAGGGCUGGGUGGCUGGAAGGGAAGAAGGCAGCUCCCCUGGAGGCCCUGGAUCUCCCUCCGCAGGAGCCCAGGCCGCCAGGAGGGCACACCAAUGUUUGCCAUGUGCCAACCAGAGCUACCACUCAAUGCGCUCUUCAGUGAAGUGAAGGGGAACGCACAGCUCGAUGCGGCCUACCUUGGCGGAAGGGAUAGGAACCUCAACUUCAUGGGUGAGGAGCCCUAUGACAGCAAUGAAAACUGGAACCAACACACACCAGGGACCUUGAUGCACAUGGAAAUGGGACAGCUCAAGGACAGUGUGCCGGUUGCAUCUGAUAAUCGAAUAGACCUAAUGUGCAAGCAGAAAGCAAGCGGUACUCCAAGGGAUGUCCAUCAGGACCUGAAAUCUGACAGCAUGUUUCUUGCCUCUGAAGAAGAAGAAGAGGAGGAGGAAGAAGAAGAAGAGGAAGAUGGAGAGGGGGAAGAAGUAGAAGAAGAAGAGAACAUCCGUCGAUCGCCAGAGGGAGCUGAGGUCACAGUUCUGGAGCAGGAGAAGACCACCACCAAGGAAAGAGUCAAAGGAAGCAGGAAGCUAGCCAGCUCCCCCUUGGAAGACAACGGUUACGCCAGCAGUUCCCUGAGCAUCGAUAGCCCUGACAGUGGAGGUGCCAGCACUUGGCAUAUGCCCACAAUCGGCACUGAAGACAGAAAGGGCUGUGAGGCUGAGCCGGAGGACUUGUCUCCAAGUUCUGAGACCCUCUUCCCAGCACUGGCAGAAGCUUUCCAGAGCCUGCAGGAGAAGAAGAAGUUGAAGGAGCAGGAGAAGCAGAAGCACCGGGUCCACCUUGUGAUGUACCGCCGCCUGGCGCUCCUCCGCUGGAUCCGCAGCCUCCAGCAGAAGGUGGUUGACCAGCAGAACCGGCUUCAGGAGAGCUUCGACACCAUCUUGGACAACCGCAAAGAACUCAUUCGGUGUGUCCAGCAAGGCAUGGCAUACACCAAGAGCCCAGUCCAGGCAGAGUUGUGAAGGACCUACCUGCCCUCCAUACCCACAUACCCACACAGAGUCAUUGUGCCAUCCUUAACUUGGUCACCCGCGCAAGGGGCCUACGCAAUUCCAUAUCUACCUGCAAAUCUUGCAUGAAAGCAAUGGUAGCUGGUGGCUUCCAUGUCAGUGGCAGGGUGAACCCAUCCUCAAGGUUUAUUUCAGAUUUUAAAGGAGGGAUCCAGUGUCCAGAACCUAUGUAGGCCAUAGGGGCCUAGCUUUUAUUCCAAGUUCUAGAGCUAUCCAAGAUGCUGAGGUAAUUGGGGUAAUAGGGUUCUGGUUUCACCCUACACUUUAGAGAAGUGGUACCCAAACUUUGGUCCUCCAGGUGUUUUGGACACCAGCUCCCAGCAUUCCUGAAUGUUGGCCAAGGUGUCUGGGGCUUCCGGGAAAAAACACCCAGAGAACCAAAGUUUGGGAAUCAUUCAGCUCCUUGGAUUGCUCCUGGAAUAAAUUCUGGACUGGAUUCACUGAAGCUCUGCAACGGAAGCCACUCAGCCGCCAUGCGCCAUGGGACACUUGCUUCUUUCCUUUUCAAACCAUGUUUGAUGUUCCUCCAAAGACAUGUCAGAGUAUUACCAUUAUUUGCAGGCAUCUUCAUCCUAGUGAACAGCCUGUCUUAUUUAUGAGUAGAUGUGACCUCUCUCAAUAGCUCCAACUUUUCAUUGUGGUGCAUGGCUUCUGUGGAUGAAUGUUAAACCCAGUGCACUGUGAAAGAAAUGGGGAGUGUAUGUUCAUGGAGGAAAACAUCUCAUGGGCAUGGAGAUACACCCGUGGAAGUUUUGGCCUCUGUGCUUUCAGAAGGGAGUUACAUGCACAUUGUGGACAUUUUCAGAACAGCUACCCUGUUGUAUGGCCUAAAUGCUGUAGGGCCAUUAUUUGAUAAAGUUUACCUAGUAUAGCUAUAGGGCCGGGGAGUGGCCAAAAUGAGGACAAUUGUGUCCUUCCAUGAAAUUCUCCUUCAGUUCCAAAAUUCCUACCAUUACAGUCCUUUCAAACUUUAGUUGAACAUUUUAGAAAUACAGUUUGGACAUCCAAAGAAAAGAGGCAGACCAAGUGACCAAGGGAAGGAGGACACAGCCAAUAUCAGAGUUCUGGGUGUGAUAUAUUUUCAAUUCUCCCUCUCUACAAUGCUAAAAAUUUGGGGACUGGAAACAAAAUGGCAUGGUGGGGGGAAGACUUCUUAAAUAGGGCCAAUGUCCCAAAUCUGCAUCCAUGAUCUAGUCCAUUGACCAAGGAUUUUGUUCAGUUGUAUGUUGUUUCUGUCACUGCUGCUGUUUUUAUGGACUGCUGAGGAAAACAAAACUAAGCUUAGCAUGAAAACUCCCGUCCUACAUACACAUUUAAGUGCUUAAAUCUUCUGUCCACUGACCUCAGCUUGGUUUAAAGUUUUAUUUGUUGCCAACAGAAUAGUUGGUUGAACAUUCACGAUUUUUAGAAUGUGUUUACUUGGGAUUUCUUUUGCACAGCAAAUACAUAUGGCUAUAUUGAAAGUGUAUCUAUAAUUAUAUUAUAUUAUAUUAUGUGAAUGUAUAUCUUUAGAAAAUACAUACGAAUCUUGCAAUCCACCAGAUGUUGGUGAACCGCAGCUCUCAGCAUCCCCAGCUAACAGAGCCAAUGGUGAAGAAUGCUGGGAGCUACAGUCGAAUGUUAUCCAUAGGGCCAUAUGAUUUCCUCCAGUUUCAUCAGGUUGAGAAGCAUGGAGGUUAAAUGGCCAACCUCAAAAGAAGAGAAGGAUUUUGAUGCAUAUGAUAACUGUGUAUUUUUUUAACAGAAUGAAUUUAUUACAUAUAAUAUAUUUGUUUGGGGGGGGGGGUCUUGCAAAGCUGGAUUGCAUUUCCCUUCACAGUCCCAGUGUAUAUCCAGAUGGGGUGACCAUGUGCCAAUAACUGGAACAAGGCAAAUGGUGUGAAUGAGUGUUAAUGUCUUCUAGUCCUAAGAUGUAUCUGCAUUGCACAAUUAAUGCAGUUUGACAUUGCUUUAACUGCCAUGGCUUUAUCCUUUGGAAUCCUGGGAUUUUUAGU